AUGGAGGCAGCAAAAAUUCAUAAAAUCGAGGACCUCUUCCACAUAGGAAACGACAAAAAAAUAAAAAAACAGGAAGUACGACGUUUGACAGCACCCGGUGAAAAUUACGGAAGUUUAAUAUUGAGUGUGAAUUUAACUGUGGAAUCGUCAAGUGGAACUGAAGAAAUCCAUUCCGUUGUCAAAAUGAUACCACCCAAUGAAUUUUUGCAGAAAAUUUUCAACACCAAGGUAACUUUUCGCAACGAAAUAGCGUUCUACAAAAAGAUAGUACCCACUUUGCAAAAGUUCCAAAUGGAGAACGGUUGCCCAAAAAUCGACUUUGCGCCGAAAUACUAUGGCAGCAGAUUGAACCAACAAGGCGAGGUCGACUCAAACAGUGCCUUAGUACUUGAAAAUCUAGUUUUCGACAACUACGUGACUCUAGAACGCACCGGAGGCUUAGACUUUGAUGUAAGCCGACUGAUUAUGAAAGAUUUGGCCCAAAUACACGCAGUUCCUCUAGCUUUGAAACUAAAAAAACCCGACGUGUUUGAAAAAGAAAUUAAGCUGUACUUAGCAAACUUUGGUAUGGAUUUAGAGCUCCACAGUGAUAUGAAAAACGGUAUAAUUUGUAUUAUUGACCAAAUCGAUGAACUGAAACCGUUGAAAGAGACAAUCCUGAAAGGUUUUGAUAAUCAGAUGAUUCCUUACGAAGCCAGAGAGCCUUUUGCUACAUUCGUUCAUAAUGACUGUUGGACCAAUAACGCUAUGAUCAAGUACGAAGGUACUAAAGCUGUUCGGAGUAAAAUCGUCGAUUUUCAGUUGUGCAAGUACGCUUCUCCUGCCCGAGAUUUGGUGUUUUUCUUGUUUUCUAGUGUGAAGAGUCAAGUCCUGGUGGAGAAAUAUGACGAACUGCUCAAAAUUUAUCACGGUACUUUUGUGAAAGUACUGGAAGAUCUGAAAUGUGAUGUUAGCGAUUUCAGUUACGAAAAUCUUCUGAAAGAAAUUGAUUACGAAGCUAGAAAUACCCAGUUUGCUCAUGUAGCUUCUAUGAUGAUACCUAUAUUUGCUGUUAACGAGGAAGUAGUGGACAUUGUUGAUUUGCAACCUGAGGAUAUGGCAGCUGUAGCGAAAAAUGUUACGGAUUUGCAUAAACGGAGAUUUGUUUUUGUAGUGAAUGAAUUUAUGAAGAGAAAUUGGCUGUAAUUUUUUUUAUCCACAUGUAUAAGUUUUUUUUUAAUUUAAAUUUUGAAUCAACCAAUUAGAGACUGUUUUUCAUGUAGAAUUUAAGUGUUAUGAUUAAAAGGACUGAGGUA